AUGUGUGAUGGUGCGUGCUCAUGCAGACGCAUGCUCGUGCAGGCGAGUGCUCAUGAAGGCAAUGCUGCAGAAGUUUAUGCAGAGCGCGGAGGACCGUGUUGUUCGCAGUGGCUCUGGUACAUGCUGUGGCACUGGAUUACAAUGGGGGUGAUGAACUCCAGACGGCAAGACGACCCGAAAGCCCAAGAUGACAAAGCUACUGAAGACCCCAAUUCCGAAGACACCAGUAUGAAAAUCAAACUUUUCCGGUUAAUGUUCGAAACAAUAAAAGACAGUGACCUAAAGGUACGAAGGGCAGAACUAGUGAAGGCGCAGUAUGGCAACUAUUCGACUUUCGAAAUAGGUUUUCUAAUAGGGGAUAUAACUGAUAAAUUAAACGUAGUAACGGAUAUAUCUUUGACGUUGAAGAAAAUGUACGCCGAGUGGAAACCAAUGGAACAUAUAAAUGCUUACGAGCAAAUAGCUAACAAGGCUAUAGAAAUCAGCCAUUUAAUAGACGUAGUCAAGAUCGUUCAUAAGAAAAUAACCAAUAAACACGAGAAAGAAUCGGUAGAAGGUCAAUAAAUAAAUAAAAUUUAAAUAAAAAUGUCUUUUAUUUCUUUAUAACACACUAGUGGACGCCCGCGACUUCGUCCGCGUUAUUCCUACACCCACCUAC